UCCGCCGGGGCGCUGCAGUUCCGGUCAGGUGCCGCGCGGGUCAGGUGCCCGGCCCGCUCCGCUCCCGCCGCCCGGUGCCGCCGCCGCCGCCGCCAUGACGGGGCUCGCCCUGCUCUACUCGGGGCUCGGCCUCGCCUUCUGGACCACGCUGCUGGGCGUCGGGAUCUGCUACACAAUAUUUGACCUGGGCUUCCGCUUCGAUGUGGCCUGGUUUCUGACAGAGACCUCACCCUACAUGUGGACCAACCUGGGCAUUGGCUUGGCCAUCUCCCUGUCUGUGGUGGGAGCUGCCUGGGGGAUUUACAUCACGGGCUCCAGCAUCAUUGGUGGUGGAGUCAAAGCCCCACGGAUCAAAACAAAGAAUCUGGUGAGCAUCAUUUUCUGCGAGGCCGUGGCCAUCUACGGGAUCAUCAUGGCAAUAGUCAUCAGUAACAUGGCUGAGCCUUUCAGUGGAGUCACCCCAGAAGAGAUUGGAGCCAGGAACUACCACGCAGGUUUCUCCAUGUUUGGAGCUGGUCUGACCGUGGGUUUAUGCAAUCUCUUCUGUGGGGUCUGUGUGGGCAUCGUGGGCAGCGGGGCUGCCCUGGCUGAUGCCCAGAAUGCCAGCCUCUUCGUCAAGAUCCUCAUCGUGGAAAUCUUUGGCAGUGCCAUAGGGCUGUUUGGAGUCAUCGUUGCUAUCCUGCAGACAUCUAAAGUAAAAAUGGGCUGAGCCCUCCUGCACUCAGCCUGUUCCAGCCCACCCCAAGAGGUUCUGUAUAUACUUAUUUAAUGUUUCUAUACUUGAUUGGGGUGGGAGAUUCCUGGCACCGGCAGCAGGAGCCUGACCGCGUAGAGCCCCGUCCUGCAGAUCAGUCGGCCCCCUGGAAGAAACAAAUUUCUCUGUGUGAAUUCUGCCCCCAGCAGCCUGGCCCAGCUCGUGGAGCCCUGCUGCUGCCUGUCCCCGGUGUGUAGAAUUGACCAUCAGUGCAAUCCUGUGUCAGUGAAAUAAAUAUGGUUCUUGUCCA